UCACAUUCUCUUAUAUCCUGCGAUUGUGCGUUGGACUUUGUGAAAACUCCCGUCCGAACAAGAUACAAUGUCAGACCCAGUCUCUCAUAGUUUGCGCCUUCUGUGGGCUCUUGCUGCGGGGGUCUUGCUAUAUCUCUAUAUCUCGAGGAACCGUCGCAGGCUGCCUGUACCCCCCGGACCCCCCGGACUCCCCAUCAUCGGGAAUCUCCUCCAAGCUCCCAAGUCUGAAGUCUGGAAGGUGUACCAGAAAUGGAGUCAGCAGUAUGGUCCUGUCAUAGCUGUCAAGUAUGGACACAAAACUUCCAUCAUCCUGUCAUCCGCCCAGGUUGUCCACGAACUCCUCGGCAGACGCAGUCUGAAAUAUAGCGAACGUCCAAAGCUCAUCGGCCUGGAUCAGGUCACCCGGGGGCUUCAUUCCGGGCUUAUGCCGUACGGACCACGAUGGCGUGCGGCUCGCGCACUGCAAGGGACCUUUCUACGUCCGUCCAUUGCCCGCAAGUACCGCCCAUUGCAAGAGGUCCAGAGCCAGCGUGUGAUACACGACCUCCUCACCACCAACGACUUCAGUCGAUGCUUCCAUCGAUUCGUUACGGGUUUGUUCCUGACACUGGCGUAUGGGAUGCCCAUGUGGCCGGACCAGUCUGUCCUGGAGGAAUGGGAUGCCCUCUCCAGACGAAAAGCACACCUUGUGGAGCCGGCCUUCUCAGUGACCGGACCCAUGGCGGAGUUCUUCCCCUUCCUCACUUGUCUUCCUGCCAAGUGGCAAGACGAAUGCAACGACAUGUACAAUGGACGCACGCGAGUCUUCGGACGAUAUCUGCGGAUGGCCCAGUCGGCGAAGUCGUGGAACUGGGUCAAGCAGCAGUCCACUCACAAAGCGGCGCAAGAAUUGGAUGCCACUGAACAUGCGCAUGUCAUGGGCUCCCUCGGUGAGGCCGCAUUAACGCCGUACCACGCCCUUCGAACCAUACUCCUGGCCAUCUAUCUCCAUCCUGUAGCUGUUGCCCAGGCGCAGGCAGAGUUGGACCGUGUGGUUGGUACAGAUCGCCUGCCGACCUUUGAAGAUAUCCCACAGCUCCCCUAUGUUAACGCCUUCAUCAAAGAGGCAGUCAGAUGGCGCACGGUGAUGCCCAUGUUUACUCCUCGGGUCAUGCGAGAGGACGACGAAUACAUGGGCUAUCACAUACCGAAUGGCUCCACCGUUCUGUUAAACCAGUGGGCCAUAGAUCACGACGAGUCCACAUUCCCGAUGCCCGAGGAGUUCCGCCCAGAGAGGUGGAUAGAUGAUCCCUCCUUGCCUAGUUUUUUCUUUGGUCUAGGGCACCGAGCCUGCCCGGGUGAACAGGUAGGCAACGACUCGCUAUUCAUCGUCACAUCGCGCGUUCUUUGGGCUUUUCACGUGGGCAAGGACAGAGAAGGAUGUGAUAUCCAGCCGCAGUCGAUGUACAAGAGUGUGGGAUCGACAUUCAUCAACCCCGUUCCACAUUUCGACGUCUGUUUCACCCCGCGGGAUCAGGCUCGUCAGUCACUGAUCGAAGAGGGUUUUGACGCCGCUGAGAAAGACGCUUCGGUUCUUCUUGAUCAGAUUAAAGACACUUGCCAGGCAAUCUAGAUUUCCCACUCGUGGAGCUGGGUCAAGGAGUUUACUAUACUAUGCCUUAUUCUCUUUUCUCCCUCUUUCACUUUUCUUUACAUAUCUUUCCUUUAUCCUUAGGCCCUAAGCUAUAAUACGUAUUCUAGAACUAGGCUUUUGUCAUAGAAUUAGGUUAUCUAAUCCUACUUCUUUAUAUUCCCU